AUGACGUUGCUCCUGGUUGGCAGUGACAGUCCGGUAUCCAACAUGGAGGGGAAGAAGACUUCUUCAGACUUGAUAGGAGGAGCGGCGUCAGUCAGGGAGAUGUUUCGGGACGAAUGCUACACUGAUUUUCAACGUGAUGACUUUGAUGUGAAGACCUACACCUCCCAGUCCAUUCACCAGGCUGUGAUCGCAGAACAGCUGGCAAAGCUGGCACAAGGCAUCAGUCAGCUAGAUAAAGAGCUGCAUGUCCAGGUGGUUGCAAGACAUGAAGACCUUUUGGCACAAGCAACAGGAAUGGAGUCUUUAGAAGGUGUUCUUCAGAUGAUGCAGACUCGUAUUGGAGCUCUACAAAGUGCAAUUGAUAGAAUCCGAACGAAGAUUGUUGAUCCAUAUAACAAAAUUGUGUCCCGUACCGCACAGCUAGCACGUCUUCAAUCUGCCUGCGAUUUGCUUCGGAGAAUCAUACGUAUCUUAUAUCUCAGCAAGAGACUUCAAGGUCAGCUGCAGGGUGGUAGCAGGGAGAUUACUAAAGCUGCUCAGAGUUUAAAUGAGUUGGACUACCUUUCUCAAGGAGUGGACCUUUCAGGAAUAGAGGUUAUCGAGAAUGAUCUGCUGUUCAUUGGUAGAGCGCGCCUUGAAGUUGAAAACCAGGCAAAGCGUCUGCUGGAGCAAGGGGUGGAGACCCAGAAUCCGACGCAAGUUGGGACAGCAUUGCAAGUGUUCUACAACCUGGGAGCCCUAAAAGAUACCAUUAACAGUGUUGUGGAUGGUUAUUGCACAGCACUUGAUGAGAAUAUCAACAGCGCUCUUGAUAUAAAGGUUCUAACACAAACAUCACAAGCCGUCCAGAGAGGUGCCCCAGGUCGUGCAGCUAUGCCUCAGCCAGGGAACACAGCAGCAUUUCGUGCAGCCCUUUGGACAAAUAUGGAAAAACUAAUGGAUCAAAUUUAUGCCUCCUGUGUCCAGGUGCAACAUCUCCAGAAGGUUUUAACAAAGAAAAGAGACCCAGUGUCCCAUGUGUGUUUUAUUGAUGAAAUUGCAAAGGAUGGUCAGUCCGAUAUUCUGUACACGUUCUGGAAUUCUGUUACACAGAUACUUUCAUCUCAUUUUGAGAAGGCAACAACCUUUUCCACCUUCCUGAAGCAGGCUUUUGAAGGAGAAUAUCCUAAACUACUUAGACUGUACAAUGACUUGUGGAAACGUCUCCAGCAAUACAGUCAGAACUUACAAGGUUCCUUUACAAGUAGUGGCAACUCUGAUUUUGUCCCAGAGUUACAGCAAAUUGAAGAUGACACACGAGAUGUUUUCACAAUGAAGAAACUAGAUCAGGAAUACUUGCAACUUUGUGUUGGUCUAUCACAUAAAAUCCCCAAAACAUACAUUCCAGAGAAAAUGCUGAAAGACUCCCUGCAACCCUACGAAGCUGCCUACUUGUCUAAAUCCUUGUCUAGGCUCUUUGAUCCCAUCAAUCUGGUCUUCCCACCGGGAGGUCGAAACUCUCCUUCAGCUGAUGAACUUGAGAGCAUAAUCAAAACUGUAGUAAGUGAAAUGAAUGUGGCUGCUGUGGACCCCAAUCUCUGCAUUGCUGUCUCAAAAAACAUCGCAAAAACCAUACAGCUUUUUGGUGUCAAGUCUGAGCAGCUGCUGUCUACUCAAGGAGAUGCAAGUCAGGUGAUUGGACCUCUCACAGAAGGUCAACGAAGAAAUGUGGCUGUGGUCAAUUCGCUUUACAGACUGCAUCAAUCCAUUCAAAAGGUGGUUAUAUCAGGCCAGAAUUCACUUCCAGCAGCUGCAGAACAGAAUAUAACUGCCGCCAUGAAGACUAUCGAUAAUCUUAUGGGAAAUGCUGUGCAGCCUCUAAUUAAUUCUGUGGGUGACUCUGUUGAAGCGAUUAUCAUAACCAUGCACCAAGAAGACUUUUCAGGAGGCCUUAUGAGUUCAGGAAAGCCAGAUGUUCCGUGUUCCUUGUACAUGAAAGAAUUACAAGGCUUUAUUGCAAGAGUCAAGAAUGACUAUUUCCGUCACUUUGACUGCACUGAUUUUGUGUAUGAUAAUACUGAAGCCAUUGCCCAGAGAGCGAUAGAACUGUUCAUACGAAAUGCAAGUCUCCUGAGACCACUUGGUGAAGGAGGCAAAAUGCGACUUGCGGCAGACUUUGCACAGAUGGAAUUGGCAGUGGCUCCUCUGUGCAGACGAGUUGCUGACCUUGGAAGGUCAUACAGGCUUUUGAGAUCCUUCAGGCCUUUACUGUUUCAGACCAGCGAGCAUAUCGCCAACAGUGCUUCUGUAGGCGAAAUCAUUCCCUACAGCGUCAUCCUCCAGUUUCUCUUCACAAGGGCUCCCCCAGAGCUAAAAUCCCCCUAUCAGAGGGCUGAAUGGUCAAUUGCUCGUUACUCCCAGUGGCUGGAUGAUCACCCAGCUGAAAAAGACAGACUGGCUCUAAUAAGGGGUGCUUUGGAAGCCUACGUACAGUCAGUAAAGGCCAGAGAAGGCAAGGAAUUUGCACCUGUGUAUCCAGUCAUGAUCCAGCUUCUUCAGAAGGCAAUGUCAUCUGUACAAUAACUUCAAAGACUGACAA